AGGUAUCACUGAUAACGACUAUCUGACAUUACCACUGAUAACAAUCGCACCACACAUCUACCAUAAUGUACUUAGCACCAGACGAAUCAUCACAUAAACAAAAUGCGAACGUUUUAUAUACUUUUCGCUCUUAUUACAUAUAGCUUUAAAGUUCAAAGUACAACACUCUGUGACAGUGAUUUUUGCGUGUGUCGACACAAUAAUAAAAGUGAUCGGGACCUUGCUGGUGAAGUCGUCGAUUGCUCUUACGAUCCCUCUGUGCUAAACAGGGUCUUCGGACUACCGGAAACGGUGUUUUCAUUGGAUUUGUCCAGAAAUAAUUUGACUACCGUAGGAACAUCGAACUUACUAAAAUCCAACACGUUAAUCGAAUUGUAUCUCAAUUGUAAUAAAAUAUAUAGGAUAGCAGAAAAUGCAUUACAAUUACCAAAACUGAAAAGGUUGGACUUGAGUGGCAACCAGUUAGAAGUCUUACACGAAGACACGUUUAAAUAUAUAAAAAAAUUAGAAUAUAUCAAUUUGGCCAAUAAUAGAUUAACUUCGUUCGAAAAAAUUUCUUUCCAUCACUUAGGUAACUUGAGGGAAAUAAUUCUGAACAAUAACGACCUUGGAGCCAGCCUCGAAGACAAUAAUUUGUUCGACCGUAGCGGAUAUGGGCUGACGCAUAAAAUACAGUCACUAUCGAUAAGUGGAAUAAAUCUCAACGUCGUCCAUGAAAAUUUCUUUGUUGACGCGUUCGAUUUAAAAAAAUUAGUGAUAUCAAACAAUAAUUUAGUGGAGGUAUUCGAGAUACCGUUCACGUUGGAGUAUUUAGAUUUAUCCGAUAAUCCGAUCACACAAAUAACUGGCGAGGAUUUUGAUGAUUUAUUAGCUUUGAAAGAUUUAAAACUAAACAAUCUUUCGAUAAAAGAAAUUCCAGAUUUUGCAUUUGCAUCGUUACACGCUCUUAAUAAUUUGGAACUCGAGAGAAAUAGAAACCUAACAGAAUUCAGCGUCAUGGCUUUUGGGCAAGAAAUACUAGACGACGCUGACGAUUUUGCUUUAGAAAAACUAUCAUUGAAAGGGUCGAGAUUAAAAACUUUGGAUCAAAAGUUGGAGGUACCAUUCGGAGAAUUGAUCCGACUGGACUUGCAGGGAAACUUUUGGAAUUGUGAUUGUAAUCUUGUGUGGAUAAAGAAAUUACAAAUACAUAAGGAAGAUUACGAGCAUCUAAGAUGCUUUACUCCGAAACCGUUGUACAACAGCCGAAUUUUCGACUUAAAAGAAAGAUAUUUUUCGUGCCCAGCAAAUAGUCGCAACGUGGGCACUAUCAUAGCUGUCAUCUCGUUCUGCGUGCUAUUAACAAGCAUUGCCCUGUGGAUAUUCCUGUUUCUGCCAAGAUAUCAAUCUAGGUGUAAUUUCGUUAAUAAUAUAGCCCUCCCCACGGCAGGUUACACAGUGUUACCAGUACACACGCCUAUACAAGAUCGAUAAUAAUUAUAAGUUUUAGUAUAUUAUAUAUUUUGGACUAAAAAUACUUUUAAAAUAAAAUAAAAUUGUAGUGAAUCAUGUGCACAGCUUGUUUUACAAUAUAAUGGACUUCUCAUC